GGCAGGGCGGCGGCGCGGGCCGCCUUCUCCCCCGUGAGGCCGCGUCGCUCCCGGGGCCCGCGCGCGGCUGAAGGCAUGGGCUUCCCGCCGGCGUCCGCUCUCCUGCCGGGACUCCUGCUGCUGCUGGGCGCCCUGAGGCCGCUGAGGGGGGACCUGGUGUUCGUCCCCUCGGUCCUCCGGAUGUCCAGCCCCGAGGUCAGCGCGUCCCUGGUCGGGGCCGGCGAGGAGGUGACGGUGUCCCUGGCCGAGCUGCCGGCGGAGGCGGGAGUGUGGCCACCCCCAGCGUGUGGCGAGCCGCGCGGGGACGCCGGGACCUGGAGCGUGGCCCUGACCCCCGGGGGCGCGAAUGUGCUGGACGUGACUGUGCGCUUCAAUGGCAGUCUGCAGUGCUCCUCGAAUGAGACUGAUUCCUUCUCCGAGAUGCCGUGUCUUCUCCAGACCCUGCUGGUCUCCGCAUCUCACAAUUCCUCCUGCUUGGCACAUCUCCUCAUCCAGGUGGAGAUGUAUGCCAACUCUUCUCUCACCCAAAAUGCAUCAGAGAACAUGGCUGUCAUUCCGCACCAGGUGUAUCAGCCCCUGGGUUCUUGUCCUUGCAACUUAGUGGCCGGGGCCUGUGACAUUCGCUGCUGCUGUGACCAGGAGUGCUCCAGCCAGCUUCGAGAGCUGUUCAGGAUGUCCUGCUUCUCAGGAGUGUUCGGGGGAGAUGUGAACCCUGUGUUUGAUCAGCUGUGCGCUGUGGGGACCACCUACCCCGUUCCUGACUGGUUUCCUCUCCUGUGUGUGCAGUCGUCCCUGGCCAACUCACCCUACCUUGGCCACUUCUACCAUGGGGCUACUUCUCCUAGACAGGACCCAGACUUUGAUGUCUACCUGGAGCCUGGCCUCAAAGACUCUUCGGAUCUGGGUUACAGACAGGGAGAUCCAAUCAUGACUGCGAAGAAGACAUAUUUCACUGUUCCACAGGUGUCCCUGGCGGGCCAGUGUCUGCGGGAUGCCCCGGUGGCCUUCCUUCAGAACUUUGCUGCUGAAUGUGCUACUAAUUUGGAAGUGUACCAGGAGCCAGACAGUCAGACAGUGAAUGUCAAGAUAAAGAAUGGGGUUCUGGGAGGCACAGUCACCCCAACCGUGAUCUAUGAGGAAGCCAGUGGCCUGGAUGCAUUCAUCACUAGCUCAGAAUCAUUUUUAAGCAGUGGCUCAGCCCCAAGAAAUGUGCACGUGGAAGAGCAUUACACUUUCAGAUGGUACAACAACACCAUCAGUGAAAUCCGUGUCCGCAUCCUACGGGCAGAAAUCCACGCCCACCAGAAAGGGAUAAUGACGCAGAGAUUUACUGUGAAGUUUUUAAGCCAUGAUAGCAGUAACGAAAAGGAAUCGUCUGGCAAUCCAGGUUACCAGCGUGGCAAGCCUCUGCGAGUCCUCAAUACCAACAGGGAGAACAAAGUCACAGCUUUACAUCUCUGGCGCUCAGCUGGACGGGGCCUGUGCACAUUAGCAGCUCUAGCCCCCAUUUUAUUUGGAGAAGAUGUCCUGUCCGGGUGUCUUUUAGAAGUUUCGAUACAGGAAAACUGUACUCAGCUCAGGGAGGAUGUUGUUGAAAGACUUGAGUCACUAAUACAAGCAACUCAUGUCGCUAUGAGAGGGAACUCUGAUUACAGCGACCUGAGCGACGGCUGGCUGGACAUCAUGCGUGUGGAUGCCCCUGUCGCACCUGUAAACAGCACAAGCGGCGCAUGCCUGGAUGUUCCCACCCAGCUUUCCAUCCGGGUCCUGGUGGCCGAUGCGGGUGCUGUGCAAGGGCUGGUUCAGCAGGAGGUGGUGGGCGUUGAGACCAGGUUCUCCACGGUGAACUGGCAGCACCAAUGUGGACUUACCUGCGAGGACAGGGCAGGCCUGCUUCCCAUCAGUGCAGCAGUGCAGUUCAUUCAAAUACCUGCACAGCUGCCCCACCCUCUGACAAGAUUCCAGAUCAAUUUUACAGAGUAUGACUGUAAUAGAAACGAUGUGUGCUGGCCACAACUUCUGUAUCCACUGACCCAGUAUUAUCAAGGAGAGCCGCAUUCCCAGCGCGUGGCCAAGGGCUUAAUGUUGGCCUGGUUUCUCCUGCUUGCAGUGCUGCUCAGCAAGCCUUGGGCCAGAAUGUGCCGGCUUGGUGCUCUGUGGCCCCCUGCCUACAAGUCCUGCUGAUACCCUGGACCUGUGUGGUAGUGGCUUCUGUGGUCAUCCAUACCUCCCUGGGACAUCUUAAUAAACAAAAUGUCUUUUGU